UUAUAGCCGGCGGGGGGUGGGGAGGUGGGGGGGGCAGGUCCGAGCCAUGGCGGAGAUCCGGGUGUUCCCCCUCUCCUGCGCCGUGCAGAACUAUUCCUGGGGGAAGGUGGGCCUGGAGAGCGAGGUGGCCAAGCUGGUGGCCAGUGGUGACCCCCUGGUCCAGAUCCAGCCUGACCAGCCCUACGCCGAGCUGUGGAUGGGCACACACCCCCGGGGCGACGCCCUCAUCCGGGAUAACCGCAUCCCCCAAAAGACCCUGGGCCAGUGGAUCGCCGACAACCCCGCCUGCCUGGGGGCCAAGGUGAAGGACGCCUUCCAGGGACACCUGCCCUUCCUGUUCAAGGUGCUCUCGGUCAACACCGCCCUGUCCGUCCAGGCGCACCCCAACAAGGAGCUGGCGGAGAAGCUCCACGCCCAGUUCCCUGAGCACUAUCCCGAUGCCAACCACAAGCCCGAGAUGGCCAUCGCCCUCACCCCCUUCGAGGGCAUGUGUGGCUUCCGGCCCGUGGAGGAGAUUGUCUCCUUCCUCCAGAAUGUCCCCGAGCUUCGGGCGCUGAUCGGGGAGGUGGCAGCAGAGCAGCUGGAGCGCAGCGGCAGCGACGACCCCCGCGGGGUCUCGGCCGCGCUCCGCGUCUGCUUCACCCGCCUCAUGAAGAGCGAGAAGAAGUUCUUUGUGGACCAGCUGAACAUGCUGGUGAAGAGGAUCUCCCAGGAAGCGGUGGAAGGGAAGGACACGUCGGGGAGCAACGGGGAGCUGCUGCUGCGCCUGCACUCCCAGUACCCAGGGGACAUCGGCUGCUUCACCAUUUAUUUCCUGAACCUGGUGAGGCUGGAGCCAGGCGAGGCCAUGUUCCUGGGAGCCAACGAGCCCCACGCCUACCUGCACGGAGACUGCGUGGAGAUCAUGGCAUGCUCGGACAACACGGUGCGUGCCGGGCUCACCCCCAAGUUCAUCGACGUGCUCACCUUGUGUGAGAUGCUCAACUACACACCAGCACCCAGCAGCUCCAAGAUCCUCCCGGCAGCACAGAGCCAGCUCGACCCCCACGUCUACCUCUACGACCCACCCGUGCCAGACUUCACCAUCAUGAGGAUAGAGAUCCCUGCCUCCAUCAAGCUGUACCUCAUCUCUGCCAUGGACUCUGCCAGCAUCUUGCUGGUGAUCCAAGGGACAGCCGUGGGCACCUCCACGGCCGCGGCCUCCGAGAUGUCCCUGCGCCGAGGCUCCGUGCUCUUCGUCUCGGCCAACGAGAGCAUCUCCCUGCACCUGUCCUCACCCGAGGGGAUGCUGCUCUUCCGAGCCUGCUGCCUCCUCUGAGCAGGCCUGGGACACCUCCUCCACAACACUCCAUGUUUGAGUAGAUAGAAACUGGUGUGGGCAAAGUCUUCUCGCUUGAAAGUUCUCCCUCCAGCUAUGAAAUCCCCAAACCAGCAAUGGUGUAUAGAAAGAGCAGGUCCAUGGAUCGACUCCUUGGAUGUGGUGCAGACCACAGGCUGCUCUCUGCUGCUCCUGGUGGGCUCUUCCCAAGCCUGGCUGAUGGCAGCCAGUGUCCCCCUUCCCUGGCUGUAAAAGGGGGCUGCCUGGGGGAUGAUGGAGCGGGAGAGCCUCUGCUGCUGUGAAUAAAGAGGUGACUUUGUCCCUGGUGAAGGGCAGUGUGGUGGAGGGCAGGGACAGAGAGGCUGGGAGCAGCUCCAGCAUCCCCCCAGCACUGGCUGUGACCCACCCCCUUGCUCCUCAGGCACAGGAAAGGAGUAAAAUGUGAUGAGGGAACCAAGGAGUCCCCCUCACAGCACCAGCACCCCUUCUGAGUAAGGAGAUCCAGUUUAUUGAGUGCUCCCUUUUACAAGUAAAAUACAAAACCAAACAAACAUGCCCCCCACCCCCCCAGUUCAUGUCUCUUGACAUGAAAUAUUUAAAUAAGGUUUCUGUGUAAGAAGCUGAUUGUCCUCUAUGUCACAGAGCAGGACCAUGGUUUAAGGCAGCGUUUAUGGUUUGCAGCAGGGAGGCUCUCCAGCCCCCCAGAUCCAAGCCCUGUGCAGAGCUGGGAUGGGGGGCCUGGGCUGUGCCUCGCCUGCAUCAAAGCAGCGUUGAGGAGAAUGGGAAUAAGCCAUUAGCUCCAACCCCAGAAACUCCCAAAUCCUUCCCUUUAUACCCCUGUGGAGGUGCCAGGCCCUGCCUGUCCUCCCUUCCCACCCCAGCCAAGUGCCAGGUCCCAUGCAGGCCACCAAAUUGUCACUGUGCCACCUCCCCCUGAUAUUGCUGAGUGUAAGGAGAAGUCUUUUGGAGUCACUUGGUCUCUGCCACGAGCAGCAUCGUUGAGUCCUUGUGUCACCGUCCUGGCGUGGGACCCGGACAUGCACCAGCCAUCCCACGGGACAAAGAAAGUGCUGGAUUUUCACCUGUUCUUGUGCAGCUACUGGAUCACACAGGAGAGGUUUUCUCCGAAACAACAGGGGCAAGAAGAGGAGGCAGCAGGUUUUGGGGGGAUGAGAUCCAGGUCUUCAUCAUCGGGGACCUCGUCGAGGUGGUACCCGUCCUGCAGCAGCUGCCGGCUCAGGUCCUGGGUCACCUGCUGCCAGGGACAGAGCAGAGCUCUGCGGGAUGGACACACACCCACACCCCCUGGGGUGGUGCUUCCAGCCCCCAGCCAGAGCCUCGAGGGGUCAGGGGGACGAGGGAGCCCCUGGGGCCCCCACAGUGUCAGAGUUAAAGCCCUGCACUUGCCUCAGCGGAGGAGUAUCCCGAGGAACACCUGGAUCCUGGCUCCCCGUCACUGAGGGGAAAAAGAAACAGAGCUGGCCAGGAAAUGGGGUUUUUAGGAUGCAGAUAAGGGGAAUUUGGGGGGAAAAUUAGCUGGCAGUGCAACCCAAAGGGGUAUCUGAAAUCUGGCCCAACAGGAGCGUUUUGCUGCCCUGAGGUGCCCAGUGCCAUCAGGAAUGCUCUACAAGUGACAAGGAAGAUCACAACCCCCAAAAAGCCAUCUGGGAGCACCCCCACCCUCAAAAUCGUGGGAUAUUUACCCAAAACCCUGGGCUAUUCACCUGUCUGAGUCAAGGGAGACCAGGUUUUCAUCAGCUGUCUGGCUGAGCGCUGUGUAGCCCUUGUUGAACUUCACAGACCUGCCAGAAAACACAGCACACACACACAGAUGUCUCAUGUGCAAACACAUCCCUGGAGCUGCCAGGCUGAGGAGCCAGGGCAGGAAUCCCACUCCUUCCCACCCAGCUAAACCCCAGGAUACCCAAAUAAAUGCAUACCACCAAAUUAACCCCAAAAUAAAGAGAAAAGCAGUAUAUUUUAUUAUACUGGGUGUUCCUGGCCCAACAGAGCCAGCAGAAUAAGGUCCCAAACUCUUAUUUUUAAUCUUCUGAGCGUCCCAGUCUCCCCGAGAAAAGUGACAAAGACAUGUUGAAAACAGGAGGAGGGGAUCAGACCUUUUAGGAGUUGGUUUCAGGGCAGUGGGUGCCCCCAGCAGCCCCUGCCUUCGCAGCGCUGCCUUUGCCAGCUCCCGCUGCCUCUCUGCAACCAAGCACAGGGACAGAGAGAAAAAUCCCCAAGUGCUCCCAAAGAUCUCCUUCCUUUGGGGAAGGGGUGGUGCAGUGAGUGUGGGGGCAGUGCAGUGCUUUCCCAAAGGCAUCUCUAUGGGCUUUCAAUGGGGUUUUAUAAAGGUUUCAUCCCACCAAGGAAUAAAGGGGUUUUGGUAACCCCAGCUCUGGGAGAGAGGUGGAAAUGACACCCAAAAUCCCAGCAGAGUCCACCUAGCCUCACUUACUCAACUUGGCCUGAAUGGAGGGAGGUUUGCUCAUGAUGUAUGGACCUCUCUUCUCCACCACAUCUGUCCCUUUGCUCAGCCUCUUCUUUUCAGCCCAAAUCAGCUGAAAAAAGAAUGGAGGAAGCAUUUAUCACCUCUGCAGGGGGAUGAAGAAAAGCAGAGUCACCUCAGAGCAUCCGAUCCUUCCCGGGAGCUGAAGGUCAGCAGGGAAAUCUUUCCCCAGGGAAAUCUGUCCCCGGGAACAGCUCCUUCUCCCCAGCCCAGGAGGAGGGAGAGGAAAAGGAAUAAGCAGAUCUGUUAGCAGUUAUUGUCAAGGAGAACCAGUGCUCCCAAGGGCAAGGGGAGGCAGGGGAACCUCCACAAACACAAGAAGUAAUGAAGAAAAUAGAGGGAAAAUCAGAGAGAGUUGGCAUAGGAGAGAUGUGGAAUUAAAGGAACACGGCAGAGGACUGGGGAUGGUGAUUGGAGAGCACAGCCAGGAUUAGCCUCAGUGUCUUAAGCUGGAAUUAGCAGGACAGAGCUUUAUAGGGGGAAUAACCAGGCAGGCAGUGUCCCCCCAGAUCCCUGUGGUGUGCCAUACCCCUUCCCAGGCAGCAUAUGCUGUGCUGAUACACCUCUGUGUGUGUACAGAUAUAUUUAUAUUUAUAUUUAUACACUGUGUACAGUACUGUG